AUGAACUCUCCAUCCUCGUUCAAACUGCUGGCAAUAAGAAGUCUGCUGAAAGAUGAAGCAAUUGCUAUAUCUGCUCUGAAGGCCCUGCCCAUGGAACUCUUCCCACCCCUAUUCCAAGGGGCCUUCGAUGGCAAACAAACAAACAUCCUGAGGGCCAUGGUGGCAUCCUGGCCAUUCAGAUGCCUUCCUGUGGGAGCCCUGAUGAAGACCCCUGACCUUGAGAUCUUGAAGGCUAUGUUGCGUGGCCUUGAUUUGCUGAUUAAGGAGAAGGAUGGACUGAGGAGUUGCAAACUAGAAGUACUUGAUCUUCGAGAUACCCAGCAUAACUUCUGGAAGGUUUGGGCUGGAAAAGAGGAUGUUGUCUGCUCUGCAGAUGUUGUUAGUGAGAGUCAACCAGCAGUGUGUAAUCCCAUUCCACGAGGAAAACAGGUUGUGACUGUGAUGAUGGACCUUUCCCUGAAUUCCAGGGAUCUCUGUAAAUCCCUAAAAUAUUUCCACUGGUGGGCUAAGCAGAGGAAAGAUGCACUGCAGGUGAUCUGUGAAAAGCUGGAGUUUGGGGCCCUCCCUGUCUAUAAGCCCCUCAAGCUGCUGGAGGUAUUUGAGCCAAGUUCUAUACAGGAGUUGGAAUUGAAUGCACACUGGGACCUGAGAACCCUUGCGAUGUUUGCUCCUGGCCUGGGUCAGAUGAGAAACCUUCAGAAACUCUUUGUCAAUAAAAUCUUCACACCUUUGGAUUGGUUUAGGAAACAAGAGAUGAAAGAAUGGAGUUUUAGAGAGAUCAUUUCGCAGUUCUCCCAACUCAACAAGCUCCAGCAUCUCUAUUUGAAUGGUGUCUUCUUUCUGAAUGAUAGACUGGACCAAGUGCUCAGGUACUUGGAGAGUCCCUUAGAGAAUCUUGCAAUCACUCGGUGCAUGCUAUCUGAAUCAGACAUGAGGUAUCUGUCACAGUGUCCAAGCGUCUGUCAACUCACAUAUCUGGACCUGAGUGGUGUCACUUUUUUAAAUUAUUCUCAUCCACUCCUAGGAAGACUGUUAGAGAGACUGACAGCUACACUGCAGACAUUAAAAUUGAAGGACUGUAAGCUCAUGAACUUCCAAAUUGAUGACCUCCUCCCAGCACUGAGUCAGUGUUCCCAGUUGGUUGAGGUGAAUUUUGUGAAGAACUUCCUGUCUGUGUCCAGUCUUCAGAAGCUCCUGCAGCACACUGCUAACCUUAAAAACCUGGCCCUAGAGAUGUACCCUGCCCCUACUGAAGUCUAUAAUGCCAUUGGUGAUGUCAUUCCAGGCAGAUUUGUCCAGCACUGUUCUGAACUCUUGGAAACUCUCAGAGGUAUAAGAGAGCCGAAAGAAAUCUAUAUUGUGAGUAAGAGAUGUCGACACUGCCAGACAUUCUGUGUCUAUGACCUGGAGGCCUUGCUCUGUACAUGUUGGGAAUAA